AUGAGCAGGAGCCACAGUGAGAUCAACUUGGCAAACAUGGCUCUCAAUAGGAUUCAGAACCAUCAAGUUGUUCAGCUGGUUGAUCCGGAGCUCGGCUACAAUACCGACCCCGAAACGAAGAGGACGAUCGAUCGCGUCGCGGAGGUGGCCUUCCAGUGCUUGCAACUGGAGAGGGAUCUAAGGCCGUCCAUCAAGGAGGUGGUGGAGAUCCUGACUUGCGUCAGGGACGGAGACGGUGGGGAUAAUAGCAUGAAUAAGAAGGCAUCUCAGAAAGAAGACGUGUGCUUGCUCAAGGAUGGCCUGCAGUUCUCGCCCGACACUGUUAUACAUAGAUUCCAUAGCCAGUCAACUAACCACUCGGUAGCAUCGAAUGCUAGCAGAUUAUCUAACAUCAAAUGCUAA